CGGGGGCAUUCCGAUUCUGUCUUUUUGGUUUCUCCAAUGGAGUCUGUGUCUGCAGCGCCAAGUAACGAUGAGGGAGGAGCAACGACAGAGCCGACGGAGCCACAGAGAAAGCGUCGCUGGUUCCAGUUCGCGUUCAGGGAGGCGACAAUGUACGUCCUGUCGUUUAUGACGUGACCAAGCGUCCCUUCGACCGGGUGAGCGACGUCAAGCAGUUCCUCCUCGGGGUCCCCCUCUACCGUUUCGCCCUCACUGAUGUGAAGCUGACGAGCUGCAGCUGCGGAGAAUUGGGGAACGACACGUACCUCACGGACCUGCACGAGGGGUAUGUGCCAUGCCACGCACCAGCGCACCACACCGCCUGUCGGACCCGUACGUAUCGUGUGUGUUCGUGUGUGUGGUGUGUUUGUGCAGGCUGGGGAAGAGCCGUGACGAUCCGUUUGUCGUGCACCUCGAGAUGCCGAUGCCAAAAGAUCUCAAACGCGCAGCACGUCCAUAAUGGGCUUCGAUCGGCUAUUGCCCCACCGUGCGGCGGAGCGGUCGCUGACCGAGAGGGAGGGAGCCGUCGCACGCCAUGCCCAAGGACGAGAUAUCGAAGCGGCUUGAGAAGAAGCUUAAGAAGACCAAGAGCAUCCUCACCUACCGCGAGAAGGUCGGAAUGGGCUACAAGACCACUGAGGAGAAAAUGGCCACGGACCUGACGGCGGAGGAGCUGCUGGACAAGCGGGCCAAGGGGAACGGAGACAAGUUCUCCCGAUUCUAGCCUGACGGGAUGGACAGGGG